GCACAAACCAGCGAGGCGCGUACGCGUAUAGAAAGCAAAGCUGUUCCGUUACCGUUACGUUUUGUAGUAGACACACGAAUACACACUAACAAACCAAAAACACUCACACACAAACGAAUUUCUAAGACUAACGCGCCCGCGCAUUGUAGCAAUUUUCUUUUGGCUGAACACUGAACCCGCCGCCGUUGCCAGCAACAACAACGACAACAACAACAGCAACAACUACAACUACAGCUGCAGCAACAAUUACGGGACAACAGUCUGCACCAAUCAUUUUGGGUUUUGGAAAAGUGCACACAGAAAACAAUAAUUGGAAAUGCAGUACUCGAGCAGCUCGGAAAAUUACUCAUCCUCGUUGAGAGAUACGCCCUCGAAAUGGAACGGACGUAACGACAAGAAUUAUGCGUACAAGAAAUCAUCGUAUCAAUACUCUAGCUCGGCCGAUAACAAUGCAACCUAUCAAGGCAAGGGCGCCGAUCAAAACGUCGAUCAGUUGGACGCACUGCUCGAGGACUUGAAGCAGGAACGUCAACUUACCCACAGAGAGCGUGACAUCUUGCCGACUGGCACCAGCUACAGAACCCUCGAACGCACGGAUCCGUCAGGCACCGUCACGAAGACUACGCGGGUGAUCAAGACCACGAAGCAUUCAGGUGGACAGCAGCCCUUCAGCGAUGAUGUCGAGACCUUUAACCCAACCGACUAUAGCACCUUGCAGUCGACGGCCAAGUACUCCAGCUUUCAGGACAACUUAAAGCGUGACGAGUUUCUGGCUAAGGAGAAGCCAUAUACAUUGGCCCACUCGCCAGGUGGUCACUACUCGAGUAAGACCAAAAUCUACGAGAGCAAUCGCACGCUCAACAACAAUGUGGAGCUGGUGCCAAGCGUGAACAGUACGCAGACGGUGACCAACAGUGUGAACAUUGACAAGGAGCUGCAGGACAUUGCGCUAAGCGACGGCAUAUUGCCCGCACCGGGCACCAAGGUGACCACCACUGUGCGCACCUACACCUAUGAAAUACCAUCGACUGGUCCCGGUAGCGCCACCAGCACCAUCAAUCGGACGAGCAGCAACAACAAUACACUGAGCAGCAGCUAUAAGCACCACGAAACACUCAACUCUAGCCAGAACUAUACACAGUUGUCGCCGUCGCAUGUGCCCCAGACAGUUGUCUAUAACACGGAGAGCUACUCGACACUGAACAAACCUAACGAUCGCCCGUUGGUGAGCAACCAGUCGUACGAGAUUCGGGAGCACAAGGAGACGACCACGCGCUGCUUGAGCCCGCAGCCACGUCAGCUGCCGCUGGGACCCGCAAUCAGCCCCAGUGGCGGUACGCCCAACACCGGUAACCGCACCAUUAUCUACAACAUACACAAGACCGACAACGUGGUCAACGAGCAGCGUUAUCCGCACAGUCCGGCUCAUAGCCCCAACUAUGGUUCACCGCAAAGUCCUGCACAGCCGCAGUUGCCACCUGGUGGCACCAAUCGCUAUUAUUUCAAGGAGACCGAGACUUCAAAUACCGUCAAUACCAUACACGGCCCACCCAAUGGAGGCCCUGCGUAUCCUGUGGAGCCAUCGCAUCCGGCGCCACUCAAGCAGCUGCCGAGCACAAACUAUCCGCAGCCCCAGAACGGCAAUGGCUAUCCACCGAACACUAGUUAUACGUAUAAAUACUCUUCCACAACGAAUACAAACAAUCGCCGUGGACCUGGCCCAGACUAUGGCACACCCUCGCCCUUCCCCGUCGACGGUGUGGAGUAUCCAGUCGGUAAUGGCAAUCCGCCGCAGCGUGUGGACGAUCUAAUGCAAUCGUUUGGCACUACGGAUCAUGUGGACCGUGUGGACAUUGAGACGCCGGUUCGCAAGCGCGAGAUUGAGACGGCAGUUGCCUCGCCACAGCAGCAGCAUGUGCCCUCCGUCAACAAGGCCGGCAAGGAAGUCUAUUAUCCACCUGGUCACGACACGAUCAUCACCAGGCGCGAGGAAAUGCAUGCAGGCUCCGCGGGUGGUGGUCGCUGGGCUAAGGGCUCGGGCAUGUACGAGUAUGAGUCUGGCUCGAAGUCAAAGACGAAAAGCAAAUCCGGCGGCGCUGUGGUGCCCCUGUGCCUGCCCCUUUGCUGUGCCAUGCCAUGCUCUAUAAUGUGAAAAGGAGUGCGCAUUGCAACGUCUACUACUUGUAUAUAGGAUUCUAAUAUUGCCGUUACUAGGUCUAACGCUAAUUCCUGCCCCCUACGUACAGCUUGUCGUUGAUAUUAUUUUGUUUAUCUAACCAAUUUUCGGUUCGCUUCUCUAAUUGUUGUAAUUUGUUGACCAAAUUGAUAUAUCUAUUAUAAUACCUAUUGUUUGUAUAUAUAUAUUUCAUAUCCAGGCAUUGUCCCAGUUUGUUGGAUUUGGUAUUAGUUGAACCUAACCUAGUUUGCUCCAAAUUAUUUGCUCACGAUCUAAAAGAAAAACAAAAGCAUUUAUAUUACAACGUGACCAGUGAAAACCCGAACAGGCCCCUUAAGGUCUGCAUAUUUUUAAGUUUUUAUUUGAAAGCCAAUUGUUUUAACUGUAUUUUUUUGCAUACCAAACUAAUAAAUGAGCCACGGAAUCUAAUUCCCCCACUCGCCAUAAUCAUACAAAUAUAUGUGUGUUUCCCGCUCCCCUCGAAUAUUAUCUACUAAUCGGCGGUCAUUCGGCUGCCCAAAAACAUAAACUGUAACCCAGACUUAAAAGGUAACAUUGUCGUUACAAAGCCAUAAAUAUUUUCUAAUAAACGUACGCAUAAAAAUCAAAGUAACCUUAAUAAAAACGAAAUUUAACCAACGAAACGAUAU